CUGUUGGCUUCUCCUCCUUCACUGUGAGCUGAUGGAUUUGACGUCACUGGUUGUUGAUCCAAGGAGGGUUACUGGGAAAUUUUUAAGCGAUACAAGACGCCAUAUUGCUCUCAGCUGGACCCGGGAGUUUGCGUGAAGGAAAUAAUAAUAAUACCUAGCUACACCUAGGCGUUUCUGACAUCAUUCAUCUUAAAUGGACGAGAUGGCAAGCCCAGGGAAUGACCGAAUGAAGAGUUACAAGAACAAAGCGCUGAACCCACAGGAGAUGCGCCGGCGGAGAGAGGAGGAGGGGAUCCAACUCCGCAAACAGAAGAGAGAAGAGCAGCUGUUCAAGAGGAGGAAUGUGUGUGUGCCCUCGGGCGAUGAGUCCAUGUUGGAAUGCCCUAUCCAGGACCCUGACAUCAGCUCCACUGCACCAGUCUCAGGUGAAGCUGUCAUAACUCCAGACAUGAUCCAGAUGAUCUUCUCUGAGGAUCCAGACCAGCAGCUGAUCGCCACACAGAAAUUCAGGAAGUUACUCUCCAAAGAGCCCAACCCCCCGAUCGAUGAGGUCAUCCUCACCCCAGGGGUCGUCAAUAAGUUUGUGGAGUUUCUCAAGAGGAGUGAGAACUGCACUCUUCAGUUUGAGGCAGCCUGGGCCCUGACCAACAUUGCCUCUGGGACCUUCCUGCACACCAAGGUGGUAAUCGAGACUGGAGCCGUGCCCAUCUUCAUCGAGCUGCUCAACUCGGACUACGAGGACGUCCAGGAGCAGGCCGUGUGGGCCCUGGGGAACAUCGCCGGGGACAACGCAGAGUGCAGAGACUACGUUCUCAACUGUGGCAUCCUGCCCUCCUUACAACAGCUGCUGGCUAAAUCCAACCGUCUCACCACAACUAGGAAUGCUGUAUGGGCUCUGUCUAACCUGUGUAGAGGGAAGAACCCCCCUCCAGACUUCACCAAGGUGUCUCCCUGUCUGAGUGUGCUGUCCAGGCUGCUGUUCAGUAGUGACCCAGAUGUGUUGGCUGAUGCCUGCUGGGCCCUCUCCUACCUGUCUGACGGACCCAAUGACAAGAUACAGACCGUCAUUGACUCUGGGGUCUGCCGCAGGCUGGUGGAGCUACUCAUGCACAGUGACUAUAAGGUGGUCUCUCCUGCGCUGCGUGCUGUGGGAAACAUAGUGACAGGAGAUGACAUUCAGACUCAGGUGAUUCUGAACUGCUCGGCGUUGCCAUGCCUAUUACACCUGCUCAGCAGUCCCAAGGAGUCCAUCAAGAAGGAGGCCUGCUGGACUGUGUCUAACAUUACAGCUGGGAACAGAGCACAGAUCCAGACGGUGAUAGAUGCCAACAUCUUCCCAGUGCUGAUAGAGAUUCUUCAGAAGGCAGAGUUCCGCACCAGGAAGGAAGCAGCGUGGGCUAUAACCAACGCUACCUCUGGGGGCACUCCUGAGCAGAUCAGGUACCUGGUUAGUUUGAACACCAUCAAGCCCAUGUGUGACCUGCUGACAGUGAUGGACAGUAAGAUAGUGCAGGUGUCUCUGAACGGCCUGGAGAACAUCCUGAGACUGGGAGAGCAGGAGGCCAAGCAGAACGGCACCGGCAUCAAUCCUUACUGUGCCCUCAUAGAGGAAGCCUAUGGUCUGGACAAGAUAGAGUUCCUGCAGAGCCAUGAGAAUCAGGAGAUCUACCAGAAGGCUUUUGACCUGAUCGAGCACUACUUUGGUGUGGAGGAGGAGGACGCUAGCAUCGCCCCACAGGUGGACCAGAACCAAGGCCAGUUCAUCUUCCAGCAGCAGGAUGGGCCCAUGGAGGGCUUCCAGCUCUAACCACACCCUGACCUUUGACCUUCACCCCUCUGAGUAUCUACUACCCCCCCCCGGGGAGUCCAGUCUCCAUAGGGCUGUUUAGACCUGAACUGAUGACACUACCCCAUCUCUCCUCUCUCACUGGACCCACCUGUUCUACCUCUCUCUCCAAAUCUUCCUCUCCUACAAGGCUAGCCUUGCCCUGCCACAGGCACCCUAUCUGGAACGAGAGAGAGAGAGAGAGAGAGAGCACGAGAGGGAGAGAGCCUGACUGACUGAAAGACUGACUGAGGACAGCUCAUUCUUAGUGUUUGAGACUUCCUGGAGCUGUAUGGAGCGUUGGGUUGUUUCUUUCUAUUGUAGACUAUACCGUCUGUGCAGUGGCAAGCCUCCUAACAUGGUAGUCAUAGGAAAGAAAGAGUUGGCUGAUAUUUUGUCUUACUCCCUAAAAUGUUUUUUUAUUUUAUAAUUUCCUGUGAUAUUAUUAUUACGACACUGGUGUCUCAAUCACCCUCCAUAUCUCCUUUUUAAAUGUGAAACUACCUCUUCAGUCUUCAAAAACAAAACAAAAGAUAUGAAGCAUUUGACUGAGGAUUCUCUGGAUUUCACCAGAUAGUCCAAGUAAAACUCCUAUCCCAACUAGUGUCCUGAAGAGGUUUAGUGACUGUAUCAGCUCAUUUCCUAACUUCUUGUACCGUUUGACCAGAGCUGAGAGAACGGUUGGCUACACACAGCCUACUGUUUUCGUUGGAGGAUGUACAUUGUGUCAAGAUGAUAAUGAUGAUGUGUGUAUUCCAGUGACAUUAUUAUUUAAGUUGGAAAGCAGGUGGACAUCUUUCUCUGGGGUCUCUCUUCAAUGAUAAAAUUGACAAUGGUUGACCUGGAGAUUCCUAAUCUUAUUUAUUCCGUUGAAAUGUCUUUCUGAUGGUCAAAAACGGUCAUUAUUAUUAUCUUCUCUCCACUCCUUGGCCAUGGCUGCAAUAUUAACGUUAGAAUAACAUCAGAACACCAGUUGCAUCGAACUGACCGCAGUAAUGUAGAUAGAUGCAUUGUGCAGGGCAACACUGCAUGUCACUUGCUGCAUUAGUCAACAUAGCGUUCAGCCAGGCUUAUGCUUAUCUGUAACAACGUUACGGUAGGAUUGACACAACGUUAGGCUAACGUUGAGGAGUGUUCUGCUUGUGUGAGUGCUCCUUAUUGAAGCGCCACAGUACAGGGCCAGACGGUUAGGUUCAGUGACUAGUAUCUGUUGUGUGAUGCAGUGUCUGUCUGUAACAAUCUCCAGGUGAAUAAAAAACACAGGCUCUCAGAGUUCUUUUGUAGUUGUUUUUUUUCCCGUCAUCUCACCAUGAGUUAUUAUAUCAUGACUUAUUUGUUUUACUGAAGUCUUUUUUUUUUACUUUUUUUUUUAUUUUGAUCGGUGGUGGUUAACCUUACAUUGGACUUAACGCUAUUGGACGUUGAUAUAAAAUGCUCAGUUGAACUUGAGUGCUUUGUAUAUUAUAUAUACAUGUAAGAAAUUAUAUGGGGGGGAAAAUACCUACUAAUUGGAAGGGGUGAUUUAUUAAUUGCAGUAUAAUGUGUUUUCUGACUGAGAUAUGCAGUGUUGUACUUAUUGUCGAGUCUUUGCACACUUACCUGUUGCUGCUUUAUUCUGAUCUUUUGUUGGUCUUGUGUUCGUCUCCUCUGGUUCCCCUCACCUUUACAACUGCUUCUAGAACAUGUUUUGUUUAGAACGGCUUCUAGAACAUGUUUGUUAAGGACUCCUUACAUUUAAUUUUUUUUAAUAAAAAAUGAUAUGAACUCUUGAUUGGUGAAGGAAACCCAACCUGGCUAAACUAAACUGCUGAGCCUUUAUUCGUGUGUGACUACAAGUAUUUCAGCGUUCUACUUUUCUUUUAGUUUUAAACUCAUCACUCCUGAAUCCUGACGCUUUACUUUUGGCAUGUUACAUUUUUGAAAAUUGAAGAUGCUGUAUACAUUUUGAGUACCAUAUUAAUUGAUCCUAGGACUUGGAAAUUAUAUAUAUUUACGUGAGAUGGAAACAGUUUGUAGUGCUACAUUUUGUCAUGCACGUAAAAAAUUGUGUAUAGUUUUCUAAUAUUUCUUAUGUUUGUACGAUUGGAUGAUAUAUUAUUUUUAGGUUGAUUUAUUUCUCCCCCAUUUGGGAAUUGUUUUGGCUUUGAUACAGAGGCUAUAAGGACUGCUGUGGUUUUCUGUCCAGAAUCCUGUAGGUGGUUACCAUAUCAUGCCGCCAUUGUGGUUUUGUUUCCUUUAAUCCAAUGGACCACAGAGGGCUGUGUGUGAAGCUGGACUAAACAACUCCUCUCUGUGUUACUCAUGGAGCUGUUGUCUGGCUCUCCUUUGAUAGGUUAAUGUGGAGUUGACUGUAAAAUAAUGAAGAAUAAAGAAAUACAAUGAUCUGUUA